AAUCAUAGUGACACGUAUAAAAAGAAAACUUUGAAUAUUCUUUUUCUAGUAAGUAAAUUAAAGUAGUGUAGGUUAUGGCUAGAUGCAUGCCUCAAUUCAUUCUGCUUCUCAACAGCUUACUAAAAAUGGGAAUUAAAAAUUAAUUACAGUUCCAUUUAUAUUAGAAGGAAAAUUUUAUUGUGCAAUUAUUUGGUAGCCAAAUCCUAAUUACUUCCAUGCUUAUUUAAUACCCUGCAAUUUAACAUUCCUAAGUUCCUAACUUUCUAUACUCAACAUAUUCAAUCUUCUAACAUUAACAUGAAUUAAAUUGGUUAACACAAGGGCCUUAAUCUUAUUUUAGAACUUCCCUCAAAGAAAUUAAAAAAAAAUCGAAUUCGAGAACAAAUAAAAUAGAAAUAGAAAAUGAAAUCAAUGUUUGAAGUCUAUAUCAGUUUAUUGUUAUUUGUUUAAACUUUAGUCACUCAAAAAAAUAAUUCUCUUCCUUCAUUGACCUCUCAUGUUAUUUUUAAUUUGGAAUCAACGGAAUGAAUUGAAGGCUACAAAUUUGUUUAUAUACAAAAAACCAACACAUACCAAAUAGAUUAGUAAAACUUAACCAUACAAUGACAAAUAAUUACUCAUUUUCUUAAAUUCAACGUGAAUUCAAUUGCUCCCACCAUUUUUAAUUUUUUAGGAAUUUCUCCCACAAAUUUUGAAUAAAUUGUUUUAAAUCUAUUAAAAAUAUUUUUAAAUAUUAAAUGUCACUAAUAGACAGACAGUGAUAAAGAGUGAUAGACUACUAUCAUCUAUUAGUGUCUAUCAAUUUCCAUCAUUGAUAGAUAUUUACAUUUUACUAUAGUUGUAAAUAAGUUGUCUCACUUUGAUAUAUUUGAAAGAAAAAUACUUGGGUGCAUAUUGAGUAGAAUCUAUCUUUGUACAACAAACCAAGUUAUCUAAUCAUAAUUUGACAUGUGACAACUUUUUUUAAAAAAAUAUUUUAAUGAUUUUUUUAAAAAUAUGAGUGAUGAGAGUGUGAUGCAUAAAGAUAAGUACUACCUAGGAUGUACUUAAGUAUUUUUUUAUUUGAAAACAAUCUCUGAUUUUAAUCAUUUAAAAUAUAAAUAAUCUUGUUAGGUAUUUAUCCAAACCAAACUACCCACAAACUUAGUCAUGAAGACCAUAAUUACAUUCUACUAGACUUUGGACCUUAAUUCUUCUAGCAAUGACUAAGUUCAAUGUUAAAAGGUAAAAAAGAAAAAAAGAAAAAAGAAAAAAGAAAUAAUAAUAAUUUAAAAAACUUCAAUAUUGGAAAUCAAAGUCAACCAACUCCCAAAAAAAACCACUACCGUUGAGUUCCAUCCCUUUAAUUCAAUAUUCAUUUAAAAAAAAAAAAAAAAACGUAUUUUUUAAGCCAUUAAUAUUUUUAUGUUACUUUCUUUGUUUUGCAUCGGUUUGUUAUUUCUUUAUAAGAAUCAGUUUUAUCACAGAAACUCUUUCAAGCAAAACCAUAAAAGCAAGAAAAGAAGAAAGAGAAAAAUUAAAGAAAAAAAAUGCCCAAAAAAUUGCAAAAAUCGCUUCAGGAUUACCUCUCAAAGAUAAAAAAACCAACGCCUCAGCUUCAAUUUCCUAAUCCCCAAACUUUUUCGUCUUCAAAAAGUUGGAUUCUGUCUGGUUGUAAACAUCCAAAAACCCUAUCGUUCGCUAUCGAUCGGAAGCAAGUCGAUGGCGUCGGAAACAACGACGAUACUGCCGCUACGCUCGCCGAUAUCGAUCGAUUCCUCUUCGAGAACUUCCGGUCGUUGUACCUGAAAGAGGAUGAAGAUUUCAGCGAGAGAAAAGUAGGAGGUGGAGGAGGAGGACGAGACUGCAAGAACCACAGAGGAGUGGUUUCACCUGAAUCGCCGGUUGAUUCUUACGGCGGAUCUCACCGAUUCUUCUUCUCCCCUGGCUUAUCUGGAUCUGAUCUUCCGGAUGAUUCUCAAACAGAAUCGUCGGAAAAUGCAGGAUCGAGUUCUUCGUCUUUGAUCUGUGAAGAUCAGGGGAAGAAUCUGAAACUUCCGAGAGAUUGCAUCGCGAUUUUGAGGAAGUCGCCGAAUCCGUCUGAGGAAUUUCGUCGAUCGAUGGAAGAGAUGAUGGAUGCUCAUUUGAAACAUCAUGAGAAAGUCGAUUGGGAUUUUAUGGAAGAACUUCUGUUCUGCUUCUUAAAUCUGAACGAUAAAAAGUCGUACAAAUAUAUACUGAAUGCUUUCGUUGAUUUGAUAGUGAUUUUGCGGCAGAAGGCGGAGGAGGCGCCGGCGAAGCCGCGAACAGUGCGAAGCGUGAGAAUGGUGAGGAGAAUGAUAUGAAAUUUGGAAGUGAAAUCAAAGAUUUCAUAAAGAAAAAUAAGAAUGAAAUUUGAAUUUGAAUACACAGAGAAGUGAUGGUGAAACUGAAAUCAAAGAGUUCUGAAGCUUUUAGAAGAACAAAUUCUCUGAUUCAAAAGGAGAUAGUAAUUAAAAUGUAUUCUAAUUUUCUACAUUCUCUGGAGUAAAUUCAAACUCUGUGUUUUUUGGGUUUGAUUGUGUUGAAUUAACUGUUAACAUGAAAGUAAAAUUUCAUUCCCGAAAUAAUAAUAAUAAUAAACGGAGAAAUUAGACUCUC